CAAUCAGCAUUUGCGCACUGUUUCAGGGAAUAAACUGCAGCUGCGUGAAAAAACUGACUUUUCUUGAGGCGGACGUUUAUUCUAUGGGAUCCGAGGGCGAAAGAAUAACUAAUAAAUACGUUUUUCAUGCGAUACAGCGGAGUCUAACCUCUUUUUAACUAUUUAGAGCUGCUUUUUUUAAUUUGUAAAGUACAGGCUGCAGCUGAGGAAGCCACAAUGUCAAUGCAUUUGUAUCAAAUCAGCAGCAAACUGCUCGGGGACACCGUUGGGAAAAUGAACGACAAUUUGACAUCGGUGGUCCUGGCAGCCUCUGUGAUCACCCUCACCCUGGGUUACAUGUCCAAGGUGCUGCUGAAACAGUCCCAGGCCUCUGACAAAGAUCUGAAAUACCCGCCUUAUAUACCCUCCAGCAUCCCGUUCCUGGGACACGCCAUUGCAUUUGGGAAGAGCCCCAUUGAGUUUCUUGAGAAUGCAUAUGAAAAAUAUGGCCCUGUGUUUAGUUUUACAAUGGUGGGAAAAACCUUCACCUAUCUGCUGGGCAGCGAAGCCGCCUCGCUCAUGUUCAACAGCAAGAAUGAGGACCUGAACGCUGAGGAUGUCUACUCCAGACUCACCACCCCUGUCUUUGGCAAGGGAGUCGCCUAUGAUGUGCCAAACCCUAUCUUUCUGGAGCAAAAGAAGAUGUUGAAGACUGGACUGAACAUUGCUCAUUUCAAGCAACAUGUCAGGAUCAUCGAGGCUGAGACGAGGGAGUAUUUUGAGAGAUGGGGAGACAGCGGGGAGAGAAACCUGUUUGAGGCCUUGUCUGAGCUCAUCAUCCUGACGGCGAGCAGCUGCCUCCACGGGAAGGAGAUCCGCAGCAUGCUGGACGAGCGCGUGGCCCAGCUCUACGCCGACCUGGACGGAGGAUUCAGCCACGCGGCCUGGCUGCUCCCCGGCUGGCUGCCACUGCCCAGCUUCCGGCGGAGAGACAGAGCUCACAGAGAGAUCAAGAACAUCUUCUUCAAAGUGAUUCAGAAGCGCCGGAGCUCCGGGAGGAAAGAGGACGACAUCCUGCAGACCCUCAUUGAUGCCACCUACAAAGACGGACAUCCACUGAAUGAUAAUGAGAUAGCCGGGAUGCUGAUUGGUCUCCUCUUGGCGGGACAGCACACUUCCUCCACCACCAGCGCCUGGAUGGGCUUCUUCAUGGCCCGGGACAAGGCUCUGCAGAAGCGCUGCUACGCCGAGCAGAAGACUGUGUGUGGGGAGGACCUGCCUCCGCUUGACUUCGAUCAGCUGAAGGACCUCAGCUUGCUGGAGCGCUGUUUGAAGGAGACUCUGCGGCUCCGCCCCCCCAUCAUGACCAUGAUGAGAAUGGCCCGCUCUCCUCAGACUGCAGCGGGUUACACCAUCCCAGUGGGCCACCAGGUGUGUGUGUCUCCCACCGUCAACCACCGUCUGUCCGACACCUGGGCAGAGAGGAUGGAGUUCAACCCCGACCGCUAUCUGAACGACAACCCUGCUGCCGGGGAGAAGUUUGCCUAUGUGCCGUUUGGAGCCGGCCGUCACCGUUGCAUCGGGGAGAACUUUGCCUACGUGCAGAUCAAGACCAUCUGGUCCACCAUGCUGCGCUUGUACGACUUUGACCUGGUGGACGGCUACUUCCCAACAAUCAACUACACCACCAUGAUUCACACCCCCCAUAACCCCAUCAUCAGAUACAAGAGGAGGAAACAGUGAGAGACUGGAGCAAAGACUAGAGGGAACAAAACACACGAGAAUACAGAGACACCGAGUGCAGAAAUAAAGCUGCAGCGUCUUUGGACUUGAAAUUGUGAAAUUUAGAUGAAUGCACUUUUUUCUGUCUACCUGUCCGGAGGUCAAACCUUUAACUUUUGGUGUUGAUCUUCCUUUAUCUAGUCAGUUUGAUGUCCAGCCCACUUUCCUGAAUAUCAGCAUAAUACUGACAUUUUAGAAAUGGGUGUUUCAAGAACAAAGGACACUGACUGUAUGGAUCUGAUUUCACAGCUUGGUGUGUCAGUGAUAUUCAUAUUCAUAUUCACAAAGUGAAUUCUUUAAAAAAUGGACAGGUUUGUAGUGCCUUGAUAAUUGGAAACUGGCUUGUUGUAAGCUGGUGCCCUUUUACUGCAUAGUGGAUUUAUUUUCAGUUUGUUUUGUCCUUUGAUAUUGUUUGGUUCUUCAGUUCCACUGUCUAUACAAGGAAAAACCUAAACUAGUCAUUACAGUGACCACAUGCAUUUUCUCAUGUAAGAUAUUAACCAUUCCCAAUUGCUUUGCCCUCAAAGUUUAGAUUUUAUUUUUUAGAAAGUGUAUUAUGACUUUGUUGUAAAAGAGACCCAGUAAAUUUCUUAUCUGACCAUCACUUAAACCAGAGGAAAAAAAUGCACUCAAAUUUUUCAAAUAUUAUAGUCCUCUUUAUUUCAGUUUUUGACAAAAUACCCAGAAAAUUGAAAGCUCCUACGCUUUACAAAAAUACGUUCUCUACAAAUGUCCUCUGUCUGAGAAACCGGCCUAAACGUAACACAGUGUAGUGUGUAUUAUCCAGUAGCAGCCUCCUUAACAAUAAACCCAAACAAACAUUCUCUACAUAUGUUCCACCCAUACAACAACACAUACAUAUAAAUUAAUCACGGGGUUUUAAAUUAGCAUUUGACAAAUAUACAUGAUUGUUUUCCUCCACAACAAAGAGGCAGAUCAAAUUACAAACAUAGCUGUUUUUCAAGUGCUGGCGACAAAAAGCCUGAAUACAAGAUGUCGAACACUAAAAAAAAAAAAGAGUUUUGGUCCACAUGGAAUAUACA